AACCCAUAUGACAUUAUCGACGUAUAAGAUUAUCACUUCGAAAUUUCCUCCGCACUCUUCAAAGACCCACUUUCGAGACAGUAGUGUGUGGCAAUCGUAUGGAACGGAUAUCGUGUGAAUAGUGUGCCGGCCAUUUUAGAACAAACAAAAUGGUCCGGGAGAAAUUUAAAUGGAAGUUGACCAUCCUACUCAAUUUAUUAUUAUUAAAUGUAUUCACGAAAUGUCUUCCCAUAGAAACAAGGCCUGCAAGCUACAUAACGAGUUCAGAAACAGCUUUUACGAGCUCAAAUGCCAUGACUUUGGAAAUACCUGAGACUCAUGUCGAAGAAGUCACAGCAAAUAAUAUCAUUCCAAACAUAACACACGCAAUAACAUUUAAUUCUUUAUUGAGAAACGUAAGACCAGGACAAGAUGUUAGGCAAUACGCUAUUGAAUUGACGCUCAAUGGGAAUCAGUUCACCGGUCGCGCUGUGCUUGAUGUGGUAAUAACUGAAGCUUCGAUGGAAGACAAUUUAAAGUUCCACUUCGACGGCGUGACCAUACAAAGUGUGCAGACUGGAGUUUUUACAGUAGCUAGUGCUGUUCCAGCAGAGUUUACCUUAGACGAUGGAAUUCUUGAAAUAGAACCAACACAGAAUGCGGCCACGUUUAUUGUUAUUGUGGAGUAUACUGGCACAAUGGGAAAUGAUGGUCAAGGACUUUACGUCGGACAGGCGUACGACAACCCGUACAUAGCAAUGAAUCUGCAUCCAACAAACGCUCGCCGCGUGUUCCCGUGCAUGGAUGAGCCUACGGAGGCUUCAACCAUUACGAUUUCCUUUAAAAACAUUGAACAAACCAACAUCGUGGCUAAUGCAGAUUUGGAUGCGAGCAACUCUAAUGACGGAGUAAGCCAGUUCCGGCCGCUCCAAGGCCCUCCACACGUCUGGGGCAUGAUCGCACACGACUUCAACAACUUAAACAUCCCGGCAACAAACGUCGCUCUGAUUGGUCGACCUGGUGUUCCCAACCAGGACUCCCAGGGUUCCAUAGCUAUCAACGCAUAUUUCAACUAUCUUAACACGUGGACUGAGAAGCAAUACUUCGAGAUCAUCGUUAAUCAGAAUAGCAGACUCCACAUUAUCGCCUUACCGGACGUAGAUAGGGAAUGGAAUGCCCUAUCGACUAUCGGAAUAUGGGAGCCAUACUUAUUAAUGGAGGCAGCAGCAUCCGUGAAGCAGAGGAAUACUGUCCUGGUAAAGAUUGCUGAAGCGUUAGCAAAGCAAUGGUUUGGUUACGUCAUAUACCCACAGAACUGGAGGCAUCAAUGGGUUGUUUCUGGUUUGGGCACAUACGCGGCUUAUGAAGCUUUUGCAGAUUUCCAAACGCCUGCCACAGACGCCGACAUCACUCUUCUAGACACAAACACUUUGUUUGUCACUGAAAUCAUACAAGAAAGUCUGCUCCGUGAUGCCUACGUUGGUGCACAGUUAUUGGAACCACAAUCAGAACUAUUCGACGAGGAAGCUAUAAGGUUUCACAUAAAUGGUCUUGUGAAAUACAAGGCUCCUGCGAUUAUGCACUUUAUAAACCUCAUAAUCGGUAAUGAUAUUAUUCAAACCUCUGCGAGGGCUUUGCUUGCUGGCAGAUCUCUUCAGACUGUCAGCACUCAAAACUUCAACGACGCCGUCAACAGUAUCCUGACACAACAGGGUAACCAAUUUAUAGAAGACCUUAAUGAGUUCCUCGACCCCUGGCUUCACAACAGCGGCUGCCCAUUGAUCCAUGUCGGUUUGAGACAGGGAGGGGUUCUCCUGACUCAGGAACAUUUUAGUUUCACAUCACAAAGCCACGUGAGCUACGAAGUGCCUUUGAGUUAUACCACCAGCAUAAAUCCGAACUUUCAAAACAUCCAACCUAUACUUAAGUUGGAUUCAACAACUCCCCUUAACAUAGCCCUAGGGGAUGAAGAUUGGGUGUUAUUUAACAUUCAAGGUCAAGGCUAUUACCGUGUUAACUACGACAGUGAUCUUUGGGAAAGAAUUAUUGAGGCUUUAGAAGAUCCUGAUAGAAGAGCAGUCAUUCAUCCACUGAACCGUGCUACACUGAUUGACGACUCCCUUAACUUGGCUAGAGCUGGCAGACUGGAUUACGACAUAGCAUUACGCGUCGUUCUAAGCAUGGUGCAUGAGACAGAGUACGCCGUGUGGAAGGCCUUCGUCAGAAACAUGGACUUUUUAAGGAAGCGUCUGGUGGCUCUCGUCACUGAUGAUGAUGACUUGGAUCCCGAUAUUUAUGUGAGAAUGGUUAGACGAACAGUAGGUUCUGUUGAAGAAGAAUUAAGCUUCCAGCCAGAUCCGCUUAUUUCUGAAUCGUCCAUGGCUUCAUUGACCAGGGGCCUGGUAAUGGACCACGCUUGUAGAUCUAAUUACGAGCCUUGCAUCGCCGCCGCAGUGGAUUGGUUCUACGACCCUAACAACAAUGGUGUCGUAAACCCCAACAUUCCAUAUGACAUCAGACCAGCAGUGUACUGCACUAUGGUCAAAGAGGGAGAUGGUACCAUUAUCGAAGCUUUAGAAGCGAGACUUCAAAUAGAGCCGAGCCAUUACGAGAGACUCGUCAUUCUUGAGUCUUUUGCUUGUUCCCAAGACGAUGCCUUUAUAAGGAGUCUCCUGGAAGAAACUGUAGCAGCAGGCAAUAGAUUCUUCAUGGAGGAGAGGGUCAAGAUCUUCACGGCUGUGGCAGAGAGCAGUCUUGCAAACGUCGGAAUUGCUGUAAACUUCAUGGCAAGACGAACUGCAGAAAUCAGAAAUAUGUACGGUGGGAGUCAGAAAUUAGAAGAAUUAAUAUUCGUUCUUGCUGAAAAUAUAUUGAAUGCAGAUUUGGCAAACGAUUUCAGUAUAUGGGCAAACGCACAAAACAACAACCUUGACGACUCGCAAGACGCCGCAAACGCAGCUCUGGCGGUCAUCAACGAGAACCUCGUGUGGGACAGUAACCUUAAACAAGGAGUUUACGAAUGGAUUAAUGAAAAUGAUGCGCCGACGCUCGCUGUGUCUCUAGCUUUACUCUGUACCACGUUAGUAAUCACUUUAUUCCAUUAAUAUUAUUAUUUUAUCAUUUCCAGAAUAUUAUACUAAGAAAAUUAUAUCCUUUAUUAAUUUUAUUAAAAAAUUUAAACUAAAGUUUUAAAUAGCAUUAGAUUCAAUUAUUAUUUUUACUAAGAAAUGUAUAAUUAAUAUAAAACUGUUGAUUUUAAGAAUUAGAAUCGUAAUUUCGUAGCUAGUGGUAGACAUACUUUUAAAAUAGUAUUUACUACCUUUAUACGUUAAUAUUAGAGAUACAAUUUACUCCACAAUAUGACUUAAGAUGUAUACUAAUUAGUUAUUAUUCUAUAGAGUUAGUUUAGUAUUUUUAUAAGAGAUUGUAGCAGAAACUCUAUACUAUAUUUGUUUAUAGUAAUUUAGAGUUGUCAAAGCUGACGCCCGAGUAACACGCAUUCCACGUUCUUUUAACACCAGGGGCCUUAUUCUCUAUCCCGCACGUUAUUUUGACAGUGCGUAACAAGCACGAAACACAACGCAUCAUGUUUAGGACUAUAGAAAUUU